ACCAUGAGAAUGGGAACAAAGCUGAGAAGUUGACACAGAAGAAGAGGCAGACAAGGGGAGAAGAUGGAGACCCAAUCCGAUGGAAGCGACGAUAUCGCAUCCCUUAUAGAGAUGCGCCAACAACUCGAAGCUCGCAUUGGAACCCGACGCCUAGCUCAGCAAGAACUCAUCGCUUCUCUACAAACUCUCGCUCCCGACCUCGUUUCUUCUCUUGAUCUUUCUCUCAAGGUAGUCUCUGCCUUCAAUGGCCGCCAAUACACUCCAACCCCAAUCCCUAAACCCAAACCGAGCCCUAACCUUAACCCUAUCCCUAAGACAUCCCCGGAGAACAAUCGCCCCAUCACGCCUGAGACCCGCCCUCGUUAUCGGUCGUCCGUCGAGCCCAAAACAACCGACCCCAAGAAUCAUGCUCCUGCUCCCUCCCCUGAAGCUGCUUCGACCGUAUGUCGGUCGGAUGGCGAGAAAAUGGCCGUUGACAGCAAUGGAAGCCCGCUGUCCGUCGUUCGUUCUAUGGUUGCGGUUUGCCUAUUGGAACGGGUACCCUUUACGCCCAUAGAUUCUUCUGCGGUGGUCAGGAAGCUAGAGAACGACCAGUCGGCAACCCCGGCUGAGAAGUCCGCUUUGUUUGAACUGGGUGGUGAAUCUGGUUCCAUACUGGCGGUUGAAAUGGCUUUGAGGUCGAUCGCCGACGAUAAUGGCGGUGUUGAAUUGGAGGAGUUCGUCGUUAGCGGGAAAACGAGGGUUUUCGUUUUGGAAAUUGACCGGAGCCGUCUUGUCAAGGAGUUGCCAGAAAGUUCUCAGCAGCAGCAACUGGAAUUGAGUUCCGGUGAUGGUAAUCAAAUUCAAGCGCCGGGGACAGGUGGAGCUGAUAGGAAUGGUGCGGUUUUUGGGAUGGGAGGAGCAAUGCCUAGGCCAAUGCCGGAUAUGUGGCUUGGACCUGCCGAACCCCAUCUAUCUGGAUUUCCGCCUGUGUUUCCGGCUGCCGGGUCUCCGAUGAUGGGGCCAAGGGGCGGGCCUAGAUUGGGGAUGAUGGGACUCCCCAGGGGGUUGGGUGUUCCUCCCCUCCACAGACCACCUUCGGGGAGCCCAAAUUCUGCCCCUUUGAAGCUGAGAACAGAAGAGGAGGACAUGAAGGAUCUUGAGGCGUUGUUGAAUAAAAAAUCCUUCAAGGAAUUGCAGAAGUCGAAGACGGGAGAGGAGCUUUUGGACCUCAUACACCGUCCCACUGCCAAGGAAACAGCCGUCGCGGCCAAGUUCAAAACCAAAGGUGGUUCUCAACUAAAGGAGUACUGCUCUGCUUUGACAAAAGAAGAUUGCCGGCGUCAGUCUUCAUCUUACAUGGCAUGUGAGAAGGUUCAUUUUCGGCGCAUCAUCGCUCUACAUACUGAUACCAAUUUAGGGGAUUGCUCAUUUCUGGAUACUUGCCGUCACAUGAAGACAUGCAAGUAUGUUCACUAUGAACUUGACCCAACACCAGAUAUGCCAGCCAUGAUGAUGGGGACUAAUGCUCUUCCACCUCCCAAACCAUUAAAGCCUCAACGGGCUGAAUAUUGUUCAGAGGUAGAGCUUGGCGAGCCACAAUGGAUUAAUUGUGACAUCCGUAAUUUUAGAAUGGACAUCUUGGGGCAGUUUGGAGUUAUCAUGGCAGAUCCCCCAUGGGAUAUUCAUAUGGAGUUGCCCUAUGGAACGAUGGCUGAUGAUGAAAUGCGCAAUCUCAAUGUGCCUGCCCUUCAGACAGAUGGUUUGAUUUUUCUAUGGGUCACUGGUCGUGCAAUGGAGCUUGGACGAGAGUGUUUGGAACUCUGGGGAUACAAGCGUGUGGAGGAGAUCAUUUGGGUGAAAACCAAUCAACUUCAGCGAAUUAUCAGAACAGGACGUACAGGACAUUGGCUCAAUCACAGUAAGGAACAUUGUCUUGUUGGCAUAAAGGGGGAUCCAGAAGUAAACCGGAAUAUUGAUACGGAUGUCAUUGUUGCGGAGGUUCGAGAGACGAGCCGUAAACCAGAUGAGAUGUACCCUAUGCUUGAGAGGAUAAGUCCAAGGACAAGAAAGCUGGAAUUGUUUGCACGAAUGCACAACACACAUGCAGGGUGGAUGUCUCUUGGUAAUCAAUUGAGUGGAGUUCGGUUGGUUGAUGAAGGGCUCCGAGCAAGGUUUAAGGCUGCUUACCCAGAUGUGGAGGUGCAACCAGCAUCCCCUCCUAGGAGUUCUGCAAUGGAAUUAGACUCGACUACUAGUCAAUUGAGGAGCCCAUUUGCAGGAGUGGAAUCAAGGUCCACACUUCGAUAUGCAGAGCCCUCUGGCCCAGAAGCCUUUACCUCUGGAGAGAAGUCAAUGUCCACGGAUGUUUGCAUGGUUGGUUUAAUUUAAUGCAUGGUGUUGUUAUUACCUCAUGAUCACCUCAUGAUCUUUUUUUCUUCCUGAAGUUGUGAAUCGAUGGUCAUUUUUCUUCCCUAGGUUAUACCUCUGCAACUCCUAAUAUCUUAACAGCAUCAAGAGUUCUCAGUCUCACUUUCUAUCUUUAUGUAAUGUUCUUACCCAAAAAAAAAAAAAAUAUGGUAGAUGUAAUGUUGAGAUCCA